GUGCCUGGAGUUGGCGUCACGCAGUGGCCGAACAGGGAGAGACAGCGCGCCCUCGGAGCGGGAAUGGGGCCGAGGAACGGCCUCUGUAACCGGUAUCGAGCAGCGCCGGCUUCUCGCCAUUCAAGUUCAUUGCGGAGCAGAUAACAGAGGAUCGCUGGGGAGCGCUAAGGAAGAAGCAUGACUGGCACUACUGUUGUAUUCAGAAAUUCAAAAGUUGCAAGCUGAAUCAUUCUAGACCAAGCAGAAUGUUGUAAAAGAAACAUGGCUGAGGAUUGUGUUGGAUCUACCUAUAGUGUGCUGUCAACAAUGCCUUCUGACUCAGAAAGUAGCAGCUCCCUCAGCAGUAUUGGUACAGGCACCUCUGGGAAGGCAGCUUCUCCUCCACCAACACACAUGGACACCAGGCAGAUGAGUGAGAAGUUAGAAGCCAUUGUGUACCAACUUCGGCAAGUCACUCGUGAACGGGAUGAGUUGCGCAAACAAUUAGCACUUUCUUCCCCUGGCUCUACGUUUGACGAUUGCAGACCCAGCCCUAAGCCAAGCCAUGACUAUGAGAGACUGAAAAUGCAGUGCAUGAAAGCCAUGUCAGAUCUGCAGUCUCUGCAGAACCAGCAUACAAAAGCACUGAAGAAAUGCGAGGAGGCAGUCAAAGAAGCAGAUUUUUAUCACACUUUACACAGUCGCCUGCGAAUUGAUCAGUCUCAACUCAAGGAAGAUAUGGAGGUCAUCAAGAGGGAGAACUCUCAGCUGUUACGGGAACACAAUCAUGCACAACAGACCUGUGAGGAACUGAAGAGACUCCAUGAGGAAGAUCAGAAGGAAAUCACGGACCUGCGCAGUCAGCAGCAACAAGUUAUGAGGGAAAAUGGCUCAUCUGAGAUUCUAAAUAAACUGUAUGAUACUGCCAUGGAUAAAUUAGAAAGCUUAAAGAAAGAUUAUGAUGCACUGAGAAAACGGUACAAUGACAAGGUUGCCAAUCAUAAUACUGACCUCAGCCGUUUGGAGCGGAUGGAAGAAGAGAAUCGGCGUUUCCAGAAGCAGAAUGAAAUGCUCAUGAAGCAAACAGAUGCUGCUGUUGUGGAGAAGACAUCUGUCCAGCAACAGUAUUUAUCCACACUGAAAAGGUAUGAUUCAAUACAACAUGAAUUAAGUAAAGCAACAGUACAGAACAAAGAGCUCCAGAGGGAAAUGGAACGAUUACAAACUGAGGUGACCAGGUACAAGACAUUACAGCUGAAAGCAGUGAAGGAUGCUGAGAAAUACAAGGAAGAAAGGGAUACAGUGCUAAAUGAAUACCGACUAGUCAUGAGUGAACGAGAUCAGGUACACAAAGAAAUUGACAAACUGCAGACAGAACUGGAAUUGGCUCAGGGUCAUCUGAAAAACACCUCAUCAGAGAGAAAAGUUGCUGGUGAAGAGCUUGAAGCUCUGAGACAGGAGCUUCAUUCUGCGUUGGUAGAGCGAGAUCAUGCUAUCUGUGAGAGGAAUGAACUGCUGGAGAAAUACUGCCAUGAAGUGAAGGACAAAGCAGAAGCUCAAAAGGAGCUUGAUCAGGCUUGUAAGGAUAUUGAGACUGUGAAAGAAGAGAGAGAUGUUGCUAGGAAAGAAAGAACAGAAGCUAUCAUCCAGAGAGAUCAGUUGCUGCGGGAGUACUACCAGGCUCGACAGUGUUUGAAUUUACAGAAACAAGACUCAGCCACGUUGGACAUGGAAAGGGCUGGUAAAGAAAUCGAGAUGCUGCGGAAACAGUGUGAAGCCAUGUCCCAAGAACUAAAGGAAGGCAUACAGGAGGCAGAAGUAGCUAAACGUAGGCGAGACUGGGCUUUCCAAGAGCGAGAUAAAAUAGUUGCAGAAAGAGAAAGCAUAAGAACUUUAUGUGAUAACUUACGACGGGAAAGAGACAGAGCUGUGAGUGAUCUGGCAGAAGCUCUUCGGGAUCUCGAUGAUAUGAUGAAACAGAAGAAUGAUGCUGUUCGUGAACUCAAAGAAUUGAAGGAGAAGAUGGAAAACCAGUUGGAGAAAGAGGCACGGAUUCGACAGCUGAUGGCUCACAAUUCACAUGAUUCAGCUAUUGACACAGAUUCCCUUGAAUGGGAGACAGAAGUAGUUGAAUUUCCAAAAGAUAGGGAUGACAUGGAUUUGAAGGCAUUGGGCUUCGAUGUAGCAGGAGGAGCUGAAGAACCUUAUCUACCUGGAGACUCUGGCAUAUUUGUGAUUAAAGUUGAUAAAGGAAGUAUUGCAGAUGGAAAGCUAAGGGUGAAUGAUUGCUUGCUCAGGAUAAAUGAUGUAGAUCUUACCAACAAAGACAGAAAACAUGUUAUAAAAGCUGUACUGAAUGGUGGAGGGGUCAUUAAUGUGGUAGUUCGCAGAAGAAAAUCUUUGGGAGGUAGAGCUAUCACUCCAGUUCAUAUCAACCUUAUGGGGCACAAAGACAUUGGAAUCAGCUUGGAGACGGGAAUAUAUGUAGCUACUGUUUCUCCCGGCAGUUCAGCUGCCAGAGAAGGAUCCUUGACAGUUGGAGACAGACUCAUUACAAUAAACGGUAUUGCACUAGAAAACAAGUCACUGACAGAAUGUGAAGCUUUGUUACGAAACUGCAGGGAUUCUGUCAGUCUUUCGCUGAUGAAGGUGGUUCCUCAGAGUUCAUCUUGGAGCGGGCAGAAUAUACUUGAAACAUUAAAGGAGUCUGAGAAAUCUGGUAACUGUAGGGUUCAGGAGUCGGAGGUGCAGGUUCCCAACACUCGAAACUUGAAACACAAUUGCUCAACACAGACAGAUGUUUUCAUUACAAAUUCAAACAUACUUGAUGACAAAAGUGACCGAGAUCACAAAGAUGGCUCUUAUUGUGAACACAAACAAUUUUCCAGCUGUUCUUUACAGCCCAGUACAUAUAGGACAGCUGAACAUACUUGCUGCAACUAUUCAGACCUUAAAGCUCCAAUGAGCUCGGAGGCUUAUUCUGAUAGAGGAUUUGGGAUUGCGGAACAUGAAAAAAGACGCUUCACCUUUGACCCAGCAGUUGCAGAUAGUGUGGUAGUAGAUACUGACAUUGAAAAGGGACACAGUCCUAAGCACAACGGCGGCACCUGGCCAAAAACAAUGGUAGAUGUCUCUCCUGAACCUGGGAAACUCUCCAUAUUCAAAAUGCCAAAACAGAGGAAGCCUGUCUUCGAUCCAGAUACUUUCAAAAGACCACAGACACCUCCAAAGAUCGAUUAUCUCUCCCCAACGCAAAAGCAGACAUAUUCUUCACAAUCCUCAAAGAGUGAAUCUGGCUCUAUGCCUCCCACGCCUCCAAAGAGGAGUGAUUCAUUUAAAUUUAAACACAAACAGCAAAGUAGUUCUGCUUCAGAUACUGCGACAACCAGUGGGUCACCUCCAACUAGUCCUGCCGGCCCUCAAUCACCUGUUACUCUAGGAGUGAAACAGGACCUCACACAAGAAACUCAUGAGAGGACUGCUGGUCAUUAUCCGCCAACACCAUUCCUAGAAGGGAGUGCUUUAGUACCUUCACGGACUUCCUCUGAAGAAGAAGGUGCUCAGCGAGUUGAGGAGGUAGAACCUGUGACCAGGCGUCGACCAAAGUCUGCUCCUGCUUUAAGGCCAAGCAAGCUUGCUCCUUUGAAUAUUUCUGGACUGCCCCCUCAGGAAAAUGUUGACACUCAGUCGCACUAUGAGAGUCAUGCACCUUGCUCCCCAGUCCCCAGGUACAAUACAAGUGAAGAACGUUUGUCUUUGGAGCCACAGGAAUGGCACCGCUACACACCAAAACGUUCACACAGGCAAAGUGGUGGCUAUGCAUCCACAACAUAUAGUUGUUCAUCAUCAGGCAGUGCACAGAGAAGCUUUACGCCCUGUCCGGCGGUGACAGCAGUUCUGCGUAAUCCAAAUGUUCCGUUCUUCACUGUCCGCAGCCGCAUGGUCCACAGUGCCAACUAUCCCUCCGUGGCGAGUCAGAUGUGCUAUCCACAUAGCACACGGAACCAUUCACCAACCGAGAGUUUUAAUGGUUCUCCAAGGGCCCGGCACAGACCUCAGAGUGCAAUUUGCUUUCCAGAAUCCGUGCUUACCUUUGAUGGGUUUAGUCCACAGCAUCAUGCACAUCACAGCCUGGAUCUGACUGGCCCAGACCACAAACAUUCGAGUGAAUUGUCCAAGUCCUCUAGAAACACAACAACGCAUGGAACACAAUCUCUGCCUGCCAGUGCGCGUAUUGCUGGAUCAUCAAGCAGUUUGGCUUUUGCUCCCAGUAAAAGUGGACGAAUUCGAAUCCCUUCAAACACAAGGUAUCCUCGAUUGACAACAGGCUCAGACAGAGGUUCCGAGCGAAGCAGCCCCAGUCUGAUUACGCCCCCGCAAUCACCAGUGAAUCUAGAGACAUCUUCAUUUGGCAGCAGCCAAUCACAGAGUUCAAUUUCUUCUCUAACUAAGAUCUCCAUCAGUCCUGUGUCAACAGGAGAAUACAGGAAAGACAGGCCCUACCUACAUGAACCACGUCAUGUGACAGUACAGAAAGGAGCUGAGCCCCUUGGAAUCUCCAUUGUAAGUGGAGAAAAUGGAGGAAUUUUUGUAUCCAAGGUCAUUGGGGGAAGCAUCGCUCAUCAAGCAGGACUUGAAUAUGGUGACCAGUUACUUGAGUAUAACGGUAUUAAUUUGAGGAAUGCCACCGAACAGCAGGCUCGAUUAAUUAUUGGGCAGACAGAGCCAUGUGAAACUAUCACCAUCUUGGCACAAUAUAAUCUUCACAUGUAUCAGCUGGGUAAUCACUCACGCUCCAGUUCUCGACUGGAGCCAAUAAGUAAUCAUUCAACUCCCCACGGCAGUGGUGCAACAACGCCUGACGAUCACUCGAUAAUCGAUGCAGUGAGUGAACAGGAUGAAGGAACAAUAACACCUCCAUCGAAACAAACUACUCCAACUACUAGUCCACGGAACUCCAUUAGGAAGUCUGUUGAUUCAACCAAUCAAACUUUUGAACCACGAUUUCUAUUCCUGAAGAAGACACAGAUAGACCUGGGGAUCCAAAUUUGUGGAGGGAAUUUGAAUGGAGUGUUUGUGGCAAAAGUAGAAGAUGACAGUCCAGCUAAAGGCCCUGAUGGACUGGUUCCUGGAGAUAAAUUACUCGAGUACAACGGCAUUGAUUUACGGAAUGUAACAGCUGAACAGGCCUAUGUGGAAAUGCUGAAACCCACAGAGUCGAUUUCUGUGAAGGCCCAGUAUAAAAUAGAGGAAUUCAACAAGAUAAGAGAUGAAGCUGGAGAUGGAUUCUAUAUCAGAGCACUUUAUGAUCGAGUUGCAGAAGUAGAACAUGAUCUGAGUUUUAAAAAGGAUGAUAUUCUUUACAUUGAUGACACUCUGCCACAAGGGAAUUUUGGUUACUGGAUGGCGUGGCAAUUGGAUGAAAAUGCUCAGAAACUUGAAAGAGGACAUAUCCCCAGCAAAUACAUGAUGGACCAGGAGUUCUGUAGAAGACACAGUAUGUCUGAGGUCAAAGAUGAAAAUGGGUCUGUUAAGACUCUAUCAGCAGCAGCGAGAAGAUCAUUCUUUCGGAGAAAGCAAAAACAUAAACGGAAUAAUUCAAAAGAUGGAAAGGAGAUGUUGGCCCUUGAUGCCAUAAGCACUGAUUCUAUACCUUUGUUGGAAGGUAUUUCAUUCAAUUACAAUUCUGGAAGUUUUGCAUAUCAGAGAGUGCAGAAAAUUGAAUGCACUUCCCCAAGACCUGUGCUUAUCCUGGGACCAUUAGUGGAUGCUGUGAAGGAUAUGCUUGUCAAAGAAUCUCCUGGAAGAUUCUGCAGAUGUCCAUUAGAGGUUAUGAAAGCUUCACAGCAGGCCAUUGAACGAGGAGUAGCAGACUAUCUCUUCAUCGAUUAUAAGAGGAGGAGUGGACAUUUUGAUGUUACAACUGUUGCCUCCAUAAAAGAAAUAACUGAGAAGGACUGCCAUUGCUUGUUAGAUAUUGCACCGCAUGCUAUAGAGCGUCUUCACCGAAUUCACAUCUACCCAAUUGUCAUAUUCAUACGGUACAAGAACCUUAAGCAAAUCAAAGAACAAAAGGACCCAAUCUUUCUAAGAGACAAAGGUACGCAAAAAAAACAUUCCAAGGAACAGUUUGAGGCUGCUCAAAAGAUUGAACAGGAAUACAGCAAGUUUUUCACAGGUAUUGUCCAAGGAGGUACCCUGCCUUACAUUUGCACUCAAAUCAUGACAGUUGUUGAUCAAGAACAAAACAAAGUCCUCUGGAUUCCAGCUGGGACUCUCUAGGACUUCGCUCGGGCAGCUCAUAUGCUGGUGUGGAAUCAUUUAAGCAAAUGAUUGCUCCAUUAUGGAAUUAAAUCUGUCUGAAUAUUGCGGGUUACACAGAAUAUAGACAGCGUGCUGGAUGGACGUCUGGAGAGCAGAAGUUGUCAACUUGAGAGUGUUGGGCAAAUGCCGUUUUAAAAAGUCCUGGCAUCUACUGUACUACAAUAUAAAAAAAACCCCUUCAAAUUGGAUUUUUACAGGACUAAUUUUAAAAAGUAUAUAUUUUAUUCUGCCUUUUUGAUCCCAUUCCCCCCCCCCCAUAAGUAAAAGUUGGAAAAGUGAUGUUUUAACUUAAAUUUAGAAAGACACGUUUACAAAUAAUAAUUCCUGACUUUUAAAUAUUUACUUGAAUGGUUUUUUUAAUCUUUUUUGUUCUCUUACUCUCCACAUUUUGGAUAAGACGUCUCUUUAGAAUGAGUUUGUGAUUGGGCGAUACAACAGAGCCCUGAUAUUCUACUGGCAGGUUAAGUUUUAUAAAGAUUGGUAGAAUGUGAACUUGUAGCUGGGAAAAGGUAUUGUGACUGGUACUAUUUGGAGUGAGUUAUGAAAUGUUUGUGCACUCCCUUGAAGGGCAGACCACUGCGUUUGUUUCUGUUUUUUUAAUUGUCUGUCAAAUAUAUUUUUCUGCAUGGAUCUUGAUAUGUAAACAGCAUAAUGUAUCUGAUCAUAUUGUAUAAACUAAUACCUUAAUUGUUGGGCCUGAUAUUGUGUAGCAAGGGGAGUAAUGAGCUAUUAGAUUGGCCUAGCAUGCUGAUAUGACACUUUCUAAAAGCUGUAAAUAUUGAAGAAACUCAUUUUGGUGCAAUUUUGCAAGUUAUGUUGAGCAUUUUUUUUAAGAAAAGAAAAAAAAAUCUGUGUGUAGCAGUCAAAUAGAUUUAUUUAACUUUAAGAAGAUAUUUCCCUUGGAUGAUUUGUCAAAGUAAAUGUAGUUAUAAGGCACAGUAAAUAAUUGUAGUGUGGCCACUGUCUGGAGAGCAGUUAUUGAUCUGCAUUGCUUAUGGAUGUUUCUCGUCAUAUAUUGUGCCAAAUCGUCAAUAUUUGUAUCCUCUGUUUCAUGUUGCACUUGUGAAUCCAUUUGUGCCUAACACAGGAUUGCUCGCGAUCCUCCUGUCUGUCUCAUGGUUUUAGCUAUUCACUGCUGUAUCUACCAACUUCAAUGCAAAUGAAUCAUUAAAAAACAUGGCUGUUCCUCACUUUCCAAUAACUCUCACGUAUGACAACCUUUCAGACUUUCCACAGAACAUGGGCUGCAUACUGUAAUGAACACACUGUGUCAAAAAGUAAAGUACUGCAUUUUAAUGGUUAAAAAAACUACACAAAAAGAUUAAGUCUGCAAAUAUAAUUUUGGCAAGUUGUUCAUUUGAUUCACACCCUGCAAAGGUAGAACAAUUAAUUUAAUAUUUUCUGUAAUAACUCCUUCUAGCAGUGAGGAAGUCCUCCUUUGACAAACAAGGCAUUUACUCACUGUUAGAAUUGGCUCACUAAUCAAACCUGAACUCAGCAAUUCGGUGACUAGAUUCCCAAGCAUUCACUGCCAAUCUAUGUUAUUGCAGGGCACAGUCAGUGUGUGACAGAGAUGGUACAAGGUGACCAGGUACUGAUGUUUUUAUUCUGUGCUAAAAGAUUACUUUGUAUCAACUGUAAAGCAAUUGAUUAGUACAAGAAUAAAGGUCAAUUUCUGAUA